GGACUUGGUUCCUGGAUGUCCUGCAGUGAACGAGGAUGGGUCUGACUGGGACCUCCGGGCCCUCAUGGUGGUGGCUCCAUGUUUUGUCCCUCGGUCUCCUUCAGCACACGUGGGUCAUUUCACAAGAGUCCACCCCGACCAAUGAGACCCACUGGAGUAACGUUACUACAGGACCUGACCAGGUGCACAUCACGAGCAAAGAAACAUCCGGAACCCCCAACACUACUUUACAGACAUACUGGGGUAACAUUACUACAGGACCUGACCAGGUGCACAUCACGAGCAAAGAAACAUCAGGAACCCCCAACACUACUUUACAGACAUACUGGGGUAACAUUACUACAGGACCUGACCAGUUGUACAUCUCAAACAAUGAAAUAUCUGGAACCCCCAAUACUACUCUAGAGACCUACUGGGGUAAUGUUACUACAAGACCUGACCAGGUCUACAUCACUAGCAAAGAAACAUCUAGAACCCCCAAUACUACUCUAGAGACCUACAGGGGUAAUGUUACUACAAGACCUGACCAGGUGUACAUCACUAGCAAAGAAACAUCUAGAACCCCCAAUACUACUCUAGAGACCUACUGGGGUAAUGUUACUACAGGACCUGACCAGGUCUACAUCACUAACGAAGAAACAUCUAGAACCCCCAAUACUACUCUAGAGACCUACUGGGGUAAUGUUACUACAGGACUUGACCAGGUCCACAUCACUAGCGAAGAAACAUCCAGAACACCCAAUACUACUCUAGAGACCUACUGGGGUAAUAUUACUACAAGACCUGACCAGGUCUACAUCACUAGCGAAGAAACAUCUAGAUCCCCCAAUACUACUCUAGAGACCUACAGGGGUAAUGUUACUACAGGACCUGACCAGGUCUACAUCACUAGCGAAGAAACAUCUAGAACCCCCAAUACUACUAUUGAGAUGAACCCAAGUUAUCACACUAAAGGCCCAGACCUGGUAUACACCAUCACUGAAGAAAUAUCCAAAACCCUAAAUAAUACUGUACAGACAAACAUGAGUAAUGUUACUACAGGAUCAGACUUGGUCUACAACACCAGCGCAGAAACAUCUGUAAUCCCCAAUACUACUGAAGAAACAUACACAAGUCAUGUUACUACAGACCUGGACUAUGUCACCAGUGAAACAAGUAAUUUUACUACAGGACCAGGCUUAGCAUAUGUCACAUCUGGAAUAACAAACUUUCCAUUAGAGACGUAUUCAAAAAAUGCGACUACUGGACCAGACCUGAACUACAUCCAUGAGGAGACAUCCAGAACCCCCAACUCUACACCAGAAGUAUACCCAAGUAACGUUUCUUCAGGAUCCCACUUGACCUAUGUCACUGAGGACACAAUCAGGAUUCCCAACUCUACUGCAGCGAUAUACCCAAGUAAUGUUACUAUAGGUCCAGACCAAGUCUACAUCAGUGAGAUGUCCAGAACCCCGAACACUACUAUAGAAAUCAUAAGUAUCGUAACUACAAGUCCAGACCUGGGCUACAUCACCGAGGAGACCACUGGAACCCCCUAUGGAAACAGAACGUUCUAUACUGGUUCCAUGAACUGUCUCCAGGAUGCAGACUGCCCCCCAUACACCGUGUGCACAGAACAGGGGGGGCACCACGUGUGUCAGUGUCAUUUGGGAUCGUAUUUCCAUCAUGCCUUGGGUUGUGUUACAGCCAGAAUGUUCCCGGCUCAGAUUCCCUCCUCUGUCCUGUAUUGGGAUGAGACCUCACUGAACACGUCUGAAUAUACAAAUAACGAAGAUGAGUCCGCGCAGUAUCUCCAGGGUGUCCACAGGGCGGCGCUCUUGUUCCAGAAGGUUCUUGGUCACGUUCCUGGCUAUCUAUCUACAUCAAUCACCAACGUCCAGUUGGACGAGGGUCUUGUCACCAUUGUCCAUUCAUUCUCCACGCUGUAUCCAGUUACCGAGGAGGACCUGUGGGGGGCGCUGAGUGUCUCCCCGCUGUUCUGCACUGAACCUCAUCCCGGCUGUGUGUCUCCACUGAGCAGUGACAACUAUCAGGGUCUCAGUCUGUGCGACUUUGACGUAUGUGACUCCUCCUCCAGCGACUGCCGCAGCCACGGUGGGCUUUUGACCUGCGAGUGUCGCAGGGGGUAUUAUAAGUUCAGCCCCACAGACCGCUCCUGCAGAGGUGAGACAGCAAGCAGAGCAUGUGGAAGCGGAUUCCGUAGGACAGAGAACGGAUGUGACAGAUGUCCAAUAGGAUUUGGUGGAUUCGACUGCGAGGAAUCAUACCUAUUGAUAGUGAUCGUGGAGUCCUGCGUGGGCUGCGUCCUCCUGGUGUCACUGAUCACCCUGCUCGUCUUUUACUUCAGGAGAAAGGAGCCUCAGAAGCCCACGUUCAUAGACAGCAUUAUCCUGGGGGUCCCCACUGACCAGCCAUCCGUCCGGCUCCCAAGGGCUCAGUUCUCAUGGAGAAGAGAGUGGGAAUGGAACGAACCGCAAGAAAAGGUCCUGGCAGAUGUCCACCAACAGGUAGCUACUCCAGAUGGACCAGCCAUUCAUAUGAAAACUUUUGGAGAUCCAGCAAGGUUUUCCUCUCCAAACACCUACCAUGGCCGCCAUAACUUAUCUUUUAUCAGUGAUUAACAGAAGGAGCUGUAGGUGUUGUUGUCCACAAAGGGCCGCAGACAAAACUCCUAUCAAUCCCGCAGGAAAGUUCAUCCAUUCUGACCCUAUUAAUGUUUCACCGGGCGCAAAACACACUGUUAUCUAGAUUAGGGGCUGUAAACAGGAAUGAGCUCCGAUUACAACAGCUUGUGGACCAAAGAGCUCGCAAUCUACAGGAUUUCAACCCCUACACCCCAAAUAAAUAGACGUGCACUUGCAACUUUGGGGCCGUCCACCCAUCAUAGCGUUGCCACCUGCCAGAAUUUUGGCCACCCUGACGGUAUUUAUCCAAAUGAUACUGCAACUUGUGGAUUGUUGCACCAUAACCUAUACCAGUGUUUCCCAAACAGAGUGCCUCCAGCUGUUGCAAAACUACAACUCCCAGCAUGUUGGACCAUAUAGUAGUAUAUAGUAUAGGUCAGUGUUUCCCAACCAGGGGUGCCUCCAGCUGUUGCGAAACUACAACUCCCAGCAUGUUGGACCAUAUAGUAGUAUAUAGUAUAGGUCAGUGUUUACCAACCAGGGGUGCCUCCAGCUGUUACAAAACUACAACUCCCAGCAUGUUGGACUAUAUCGUACUGUAGUAUAUGUGGAGAUCCUUGUAGCAAAAAAAAAAAACACUUAACUGGCGCUUGCUGGGUCAGGAGUAAAU